AUGGCUGCGCGAUCAGUCGCCGCCAAGCGGAAGCCCCACCGGAAACAUGGAUCAACCAUUGCCAAACUUUUCAACAACCCAAAGGUGGCCUUCGCCGUCGCUUUGCUCCUCGCCGAUGCCGCGAUCGUUGCCCUAAUCAUUGCCUACAUUCCAUAUACGAAGAUUGAUUGGGAUGCUUACAUGUCCCAGGUCAGUGGGUUUCUGGAAGGGGAGAGGGAUUACGGCAAUUUAAAAGGAGACACCGGCCCUCUUGUUUACCCUGCUGGAUUUCUUUAUGUAUAUUCGGCCAUUCAAUAUGUUACUGGCGGCCAAGUUUUCCCUGCCCAGAUUCUCUUUGGCAUUUUGUACAUUGUGAAUCUUGGAAUUGUGUUGGCCAUCUAUGUCAAGACCAAUGCGGUUCCUUGGUGGGCACUUUCCUUGCUCUCUUUAUCGAAGAGAGUUCAUUCCAUUUUUGUUCUUCGCUUGUUUAAUGACUGCUUUGCCAUGACUUUUCUUCAUGCUGCUUUACUCUUACUUCUUCAACAGAAGUGGCAUUUAGGUCUCAUCAUUUUCAGCGCAGCAGUGUCUAUAAAGAUGAAUGUGCUUCUUUAUGCUCCUCCAUUGCUUAUCAUUAUGUUGCAGGCUAUGGAUGUAUUUGGAGUAAUAUCUGCUUUAGCUGGUGCAGCUCUAGUGCAGAUACUAUUGGGGCUGCCGUUUUUGUUAACACAUCCCAUGGCUUAUCUAUCAAAUGCUUUUAAUCUUGGGCGUGUCUUCAUCCAUUUCUGGUCUGUCAACUUCAAAUUUGUUCCUGAAGAAAUUUUUGUGUCUAGACAGUUUGCUAUUGCUCUACUGGUUGCUCAUCUUGGUUUGCUUAUUGCUUUUGCCCAUUUUAAAUGGUGCAGGCAAGUAGGAGGAUUACCUUCUCUAUUACGGCUGAGAAUUUCUGAUCUAUGUUCCUUCUCUUCUAGAAAGUUUUACAGUAUCAGCUCAACCUUGAAGUCUAUCAGAACAGAAUAUAUUGCGACAACCAUGUUUGUGGGGAAUUUCAUUGGCAUUAUAUGUGCAAGAUCCCUGCACUAUCAAUUUUAUUCCUGGUACUUCUACAGUCUGCCAUAUUUACUGUGGAAAACGUCCUUUCCGACAUUCAUUCGGUUAAUUUUGUUUGCGGUGGUGGAAUUGUGCUGGAAUGUGUAUCCGUCCAACAUCUAUUCAUCUGGGCUUCUGUUGGCUGCCCACUUAGUUAUAUUAGGUGGCCUCUGGACCUCUUCAGCUGGAAAUCCUUAUGUUGAUAAUGCAAAACAUGAUGGAUCAACAAUUAAAGCCAAAUCUAGGUGA